AUGGCCGAACCACAGUCAACAACACCAGCUCCUGGAGCUGGAGCUUCCACAACCUCCAACUCAGAGUCCAUGUUCUUCUCCCAACGGGCGCGCCGUCAACUGGGUCUCUUUGCUGCAGGCGCUGGCUUCUUCCUGCUCUCUACCACCGUCACUCGGAGAUCGAUCGCCCGCCGAAACAAGUCCAUCAUGCCCAAGUUCUACCAACCGAGCAAUCGAACAACCAUCGAGAUCAAUGGGGCCGUAGAGGCUAUUGAGGCUCUGAGUCUCGCUACAUUAAACGUUGCCAGCGUAGGAAUUAUGUUUACAGGAGGGCUGCUUUGGGCCUUCAACAUCAGUUCAGUCGAUGACAUGAGGAAAAAGGUGCGGAAGAACAUCGGGGUGGUUGCGGAGCCGACAGACCAGGACGAGGAACAAGAGAUGGAGGAAUGGUUUGCCACGGUACUCGCGAGGAAAGAGUUCAAGGCGUUACGAGGGGAAUUUGGUGUCCGGGACGAUGGUACUAUGGACAAAAAAGGGGACAGUACCAAGGACAAGCGCGAGGAUAGUCCAAAGAAGGACGACGAACCGCCGCAGAAGAAGCCUUGA